UUAUACGUGUUAUUCAUUUAAAUAUUUAAACAAAUAUGCAAAUGCGUAUAUUUUAUAUGUGAAAAUUGAAUAACCUAACUAAGAAGACCAGAUAAGAGUCACAUGGAAGCAAGAACUAAAAGAUCAUUUCCUUUUGAUGAAGACUUUGUCACAAAUAUUCAAGUAAAAAAAUUUAAACUACCUACUAAUCAAGUGCUAAGCAAUAUGAACCGCACAUCUGAACAUAACUUUAUAAAGCAUUCCAAACCACAAUCUUCAGAGAAAUAUGUUUCACUUGUUGAAAAGAUGAGACCAACAAAUAUUACAAAUUAUAUAGGACAGAAACAAAUCAUUGGUCCAGAAACGGUUUUAAGCUAUUUAUUGGAAAGAGGAGAGAUUCCUAGUAUGAUAUUUUGGGGCCCACAUGGAUGUGGAAAGACAUCAUUGGCGAAUAUAAUAGCAUGUUUAAGCAAAGAAUUAACGAAUGACAAUGUAUACAUUGUGAACCUAUCUGCAGCCAGUUCUGGUGUAAAAGAUAUAAGAGAUAUAGUCGCCACAGCAAAUAACAAAUCGAAAUUUGGAUGUAAAACUAUUGUUUUCAUGGAUGAAAUUCACUGUUUCAACAAGCUUCAGCAAGAUAUAUUCUUGCCGCAUGUAGAAGCAGGAAUAUUUACCUUAAUUGGAUGUACCACCGAAAAUCCAUCUUACAGUUUAAAUCCAGCUCUACUAAGCCGUUGUCGUGUAUUUGUGUUAAAGAAAUUAACAGAACAUGAUAUAACCAAGAUUCUUCUUAAGGCUAUAGAGUGCAUAAAUGGAAACAUGUUUGAUGCACAAGAAAACAGAGAGCAAUUGAAAUUUCUUUCAAAUUUAAAUAUUAAAUUUCAUAUUGAUAAUAAUACAAUACAGUGGCUAGCAGAAGCAUGCGAUGGUGAUGCGCGGGUAGCACUAAAUACUUUAGACUUAGCAACACUUGCAAAACAAGCAGAUGGAUUAAAAACUUCACGCAAUAAUAAUAUAAUAACUCUGGAAGAUAUUAAAGAUAAUUUAAUAAAAGCGCAUAUGCUCUCUGAAAAAGAAACCAGUCAGAGUCAUCACAUGUAUUCUGCACUUCAUAAAUCGAUAAGAGCUGGCAAGGCAAAUGCUUCUUUGUAUUGGAUGGCUAGAAUUAUGGCAGCUAAGGAAGAUCCGGUAAACAUUGCAAGACGGUUAGUUAGGAUAUCUAGUGAAGACAUUGGUUUAGCAGAUCCAGAUGCUUUAGGUGUAGCUGUUCAUACAAUGCAUGGAUGCCAAAUGAUAGGUAUGCCAGAAUGUGACGUGCUUUUGGGACAAUGCACGGUUUACCUAGCAAGAGCACCAAAAUCUCGAUCGGUAUAUAAUGCAUUAAAAGCAGCUGAGAAAACAAUUUUGGAACAUGAAGGUUCUCAACCUAUUGUGCCAUUACACAUGAGAUGCAAUUAAAUAGAAGCAAAGUUAUAGACUUGAUAUAAAAUCUUUUUUUCUUGCUUGUGUAAUUAUUACUAAUUAAUUUAUAGUUUUUCAUAAUAAAUUGUUCUUUUCUUGCAAGCAUUAAUAAUCUAGUCCAAGAAAAUAAAAUAAUGGAACUUGUUUAUUCAUAA